AAGUGCAAAUUUGUGCGAGCAGUGUAUUUGGAGUGUUCCAAUAUGGAGAUUGAUUCCUUGGAGCUGCCAAUGUGUUCCCUCAAAAUAAUGCAGAGAAAGGAGGAGGAGGAGGACACUGAGUCUGAUGUGAGAAUGCAGCAGCAAUCUGAAUCGACUCUUCAUUCUGUGGAAGAACACAAGGAAAACCUCCAGAAAAUAGUGCAUCGAAUGAAGGAGUGCAAGAAAGAUGUUGAGCAGUUUGUGGAGAUAAAAUAUACAGAACAACAAAGGGUGAUGAGGACAGUGAAGCUGGACAAGGUUUUAGUCGCUCAGAGGCAGGAAAACCUGUGUGACCUUGAUGAGGAGAUAAUACGGCUCACUGAGGAGAGAGAUCGGCUAGAGAAACGUAUGCAGAAAUAUGCAUUCUACAGCCACUACAUGGAUACAUUUGUGAAGGCCACCAAUGUGGGUGCACAACAAGGGAUGGCUCGAUUUGAAACGUUGGUUUUGGCCAGGGAUAACCUUCAAGAAAGUACCCAUGAGCUCCACGAAAGGAUUCAGGAUGCCCAGGCCAAUCUGAAGAGAUUCACCAAAGAGAGCAAUGAUUUCCAUUUGCAGCUCACCAGUGAAACAACACGAUACCAGAGGCAACUGGACAGAGCGCAACAGAAUCGUAUGCAUUGGGAGAGGACAUGGAACCGGAUUCAGAAAACAGCAACGCAGCAGACCAUUCUCCUUGGAAAAAUAAGGAUGUCCUGCUUAAAUAUGUACCGAAGUGUGUGCGACCAGUCUCGGGUUUGUCGAGAGUUUCCGGUGCAGCCAGAGGACACCCAUGGGCAGCUAGAGACGGUACUGUAAGACAGAGGCAAUUCUGGAAAGCCUUGGAAGUUUAUUUCUUUCUUCUUUCUUCUAUCAAGCCACUACUUUAAAUAGUUUGUUUUGAUCAAAUAUAAUAUUUCCAUGUGUAGAUUUGUAUUCUCAAUUUGCACAUUUCUGUACUUAGAUAUGUCCAUAUUGGCUUUCCAUAGAAGAGACUGCAAGUAUAGCAUGAUAUUUUUCACCAACAGAUUGAGACAUUCAUCACUCAAUGGAUUUCAAGUCUGAAGAUGUGAACA